UCCAAAAAAGUUAGCACCCCGAUAUCCAAUUUACGUCCGUCGUGACCGUUGAUAUAAAGGGCGGCGCUGCCGAAGACAUGUAAUAUUUUUCUUUCCCUUUGUUCUCUCCAAAACACUUUCGUUCAUCUUCAUAACAGACUUUUACACUCAUAUAUCCUAUUUUAUACGGUAUUGCACUGGGUGCAUUUGAGCCGUCAAGUCUUGUUCGCUUUGUAGGCUUCGGCUGCGCACGUACAAAUGUUGAGUGUCCGAAACAGUCUUGCUGGACAUGACGUAUCGGGAGACGCAGCUUCCGCUUACGUUCCAGAUCCCGAACGGACUCGGAACAUUCGACUUGCUCUCGAGAGCUUAGAUACUACCUUGGCUCACAAGUACCAUCAAGAGAGCCAUAGUCCCAUAUUUUGCUCUGGCGUUCCUUCCUUAUCUACCCCUACCACGCCUCCAAAAGUGCAUACAGUCCUUCGGCACAAGAAAAAAUACAGGCCUCCCCCUUUGAUAUUGGAUGUACAGCAUUCUGCACAGCAAUGUCCAAGGUCGAUCCUUGAUCCGAUUCCUACGGAGCCACAAAGCCGACUACUCAAGUCCCAACGUAGUCUGCCCAUUCUACGGACUGUACCUGUGACAGUACCCACUCACGCAUAUCGGUCAUCUAUUACCUUUGCUUUUCCUACUUCCUCUCCUGCCACCACAGUGACACCUACCCCAACCUAUUUGACCGUGCCUUCUGUGCAACCCCCCCUCUCACCGUUGACACCGCCCCCGCCGUCCCCAUCAACGACGAAGCGUAAGCGUUUCUCAAGGCUGUGCCGCAAGUUUGGCGAGUCCCCGCCCCCUGAGCUCGUCUUUGGUGGGGGUCCUGCGGCCACAGAGGCUCGCGGUGGCAUGCAGAAGAAUGCCUUAGCUCCUACCAUGGAGGAGGACGAAGAUCUGGACACGGCUAGUAGUGAGGGAACGAGCGAGGAUCAUCAUCCAUCCUCGCUUUUCAUGAAAGACGCCGAUAAACUUCAUCAUAUCCCAAAGCAGUACGGCACAGCUUGGUUGCUGGAGAGGAAAGGACGGCGCGUCACGCAGCGCAAUUACGAGGACGUAAUGAAACGCCUGAGGAUGCUUUGAACGCUCCAGUGCUCAUACAUCACGUUUCAUUCGUUUCGCCCGUUGCUGUUUGUGAAUAUUCGUUAUAAUAUUUA